CUCAGGAAUAAAUACUGUCCCGAGGAACUCAGAGCCCAAAUGGCAGGAAGGAAUCACACCGUUGUCACUCAGUUCAUUCUCCUGGGGCUUUCUGACCUUCCAGAGAUACAGGCUUUAUUCUUCCUGGUGUUUCUAGCUACCUACAUGAUCACUCUGACUGGAAAUCUUCUCAUAUUCACCCUGACAUUAGCUGAUGCUGCCCUCCACACCCCCAUGUAUUUCUUUCUCAUGAACCUGUCCUUUCUGGAGAUCUGCUACACCUCGGUCACCCUGCCCAAGAUGCUGGCCAACCUCCUCUUGGAGGAUAAAACUAUCUCCUUCACUGGCUGUGCUGUGCAGAUGUAUUUCUUUCUAUUUCUAGGGGGCACAGAAUGUUUUCUUUUGGGGGCGAUGGCUUAUGACCGCUAUGUUGCGAUAUGCUACCCCUUACGCUAUAUGCACAUUAUGAACAAUACCAGAUGCUCAGAGAUGGCUGCUGUGUCAUGGAUCAGUGGUCUCCUCACGUCCUUGGGACACACCUCAGUCAUAUUCAGCUUGCCUUUUUGUGGAGCCAAUGAAAUUAACCAUUUCUUCUGUGACAUCCCCCCAGUAUUGAAGCUGGCCUGUGGGGUCACUUACCUGAAUGAAAUCGCUGUCUUUAUGGUUGCCCUGCUAUUCAUAACAUUUCCCUUUGUGUUGAUUCUGGUCUCCUACCUUCUCAUCCUCCUGACCAUCCUGAAGAUGCCCUCGGCUCAGAGUAGGCAUAAGGCCUUCUCCACCUGUUCCUCACAUCUUCUGGUGGUGACAUUGUUCUACGGGACAGGGAUUGUCACGUAUCUGCGCCCUAAUUCUGCAUAUGCACCAGUUACCAACAAGCUGCUCUCUCUCUUCUACACAGUCAUCACCCCCAUGUUCAACCCCCUUAUCUACAGCCUGAGAAACAAGGAGGUGAAGGAGGCUCUCAGGAGAACAAUGGCCAGAAAUUGCUUUCUUAAAGGAAACAAAUGUAUCACAAUUAUGGGGCCAGGUCCUCGAGGAGUACAAAUAGGUUUGUGUUUACAACACCUGAGGGUCUGA